CAUUGGUCGAAUUCCUCACCUCUUUGGUUGGGCGGGCUUCUCCUUCAUUUGCUCACCCACCGUAGCAGUAGCUCCGUCCGUCCGUCGCUUGGUCUCUUUCUCCCCCUCCAGCUCCGCGUGCAGCGUCUCCUGGCCGUCUGCAUUACCUCUGUAUAUCUGCAUUUGCUGUCUGUCCAAAGUCCAAAAGAAAAACAACGUUAUCAAGCGGCCAGACGCUCUAAAACCGGCCAGAAGUCUAGAAGCCGAUCCAGACCAAGUCAGACUCGUCGAUCAUGAGUGAUACGUGGCAGCCGCAGCCUCCGCUACUCAAUGAGGUGGUGGCCCUACUCCAGGCCUACAUGGUGCCCAACAACCAGGUGCAGCGCGAUUCCUACCAGCGUCUGCAGCAGUUCCAGAAGAACCUCGAGUUCAAUCUCUACCUGGUCCACUUGCUCUGCUCCGCACAGGCCGAGCCCAACGUGCGUCAGCUGGCCGGACUCCUGCUCAAGCGCAAUAUCAAGUCCCGCGAUGCCAGUGCCGUGCUGACCCCCACCGAGUCCGAAAUUCUCGCCGUCAUCAGGGCACAGACGUUGCGCGUGCUGGCCGACCCGUUGUCACCCAUCCGCAACGCGGCCGGCUCCAUCAUCACCACUUUUGUGUCCCAAUACACCUUCCUGGACGAAUGGCCCGAGCUCAUGCCGGCGCUGCACGUGCUUCUGGAGCAGCAGGACGAGAAUGCCGUGGCCGGGGCCUUCGGCGCGCUCGUCAAGAUCUGCGAGGACUCGGCCGCCAAGCUCGAGAACUCGCCCAGUCGGCCACUGAACGUGCUGGUGCCCAAGCUUCUGCAGUAUUUCCACCACCAGAACGCCAACUUCCGUCGCGACGCGCUCGAGUGUCUUAACAACGUGCUGAUCUACAUGCCCGUGGGCCUCGUGGUGCAGAUGGAGAACUUCCUGGCCGGCAUCUCGUUGCUCACACAGGACCCGUCCAACGACGUACGCAGACUCGUGUGCAAGAGUAUCGUCAUCUUGCUCGAGGUGGGCGUGCAGUACCUUGUGCCGCACCUGGACAGCAUCAUCCAGUUCAUCCUGCGGGCCAACCAGGACGAGGACGAGAACGUGGCCAUCGAGGCCUGUGAGUUCUGGGCUUCUUUCUGCGAUCUGCGUGAGUUCAACGACAUCAAGCCCAUGCUACAGCCCUAUCUGGGCCAGAUCGUGCCACUGCUGUUCCAGCGCAUGGUGUACAGCGAGGAAGACUUGGCAAACUUCGAGGCGGAGGAGCAGAACCAGAAUGAGAACGUACCUGACCGGCCCGAGGACAUUAAGCCCAUUUUCCAUCGCAAGGCCGGCGGUGGUCAUGAAGGAGGCGGCCUCGAUGACGACGAUGACGACGACGACGAGGACUACGACGACGACGAUGACGACUCGAUGCUGGAGUGGAAUCUUCGUCGCUGCUCGGCCGCUAGUCUGGACAAUCUGGCUAACGGCUACGGGAACGACAUUCUACCGACUCUGCUGCCUUUGCUACAGGAGCGUCUGGCACAGGAACAGCCGUGGCCACUCGUGGAGAGCGGCAUCUUGGCCCUGGGCGCCAUCGCCGAUGGCUGCUACAACGGUAUCACUCCGCACCUGCCACAGCUGUAUCCGUUCCUGCUGCAGAAACUGGAGGAUCCAGCCCCACUUAUCCGGAGUAUCACGUGCUGGACGCUGAGCCGCUACGCGACGUGGGUCGUUGAACAGGGCAACCACGAGAUGCUGUUUAAGCCACUUGUAGAGGGCAUGUUGAAGCGCAUUCUGGACCCACACAAGAAGGUGCAGGAGGCGGCGUGCUCUGCGUUCUGCACGCUUGAAGAGGAAGCUCGAGAAGAACUGGUGCCGUAUCUGACGCCUAUUCUGCAGAACCUCAUGUUCGCUUUUGGCAAGUACCAAGCCAAAAACCUGCUUAUCUUGUACGACGCCAUCGGAACGCUCGCAGACUCGAUCGGCGAGCACUUGAACCACCCGGAACUGAUCAAGAUCCUCAUGCCUCCGCUUAUUGCCAAGUGGAACUCAUUGGACGACCGCAGUCGCGAGAUUCUCCCGCUGUUUGAGUGUCUGGCCCCCGUGGCGCAGGCGCUGGGCAACGGUUUCCAGGAGUUCGCGAUGAACGUGUAUGUUCGCUGCCAGCGUAUCGUGGAGAACGAGCUGCUGGCCGACGCCAUGUCGGAGCAAAGUCCCAGCGAGUUCGACGAGGGCGACCCGGAGCUCAUUGUGUGUGCGCUGGACCUGAUCUCGGGUACGAUUGAAGGUCUGCAGAACAACAGCGAGGCGCUGCUGAACGGCUCGAACAUCCUGAAUCUGCUCAUGAGCUGCGUGCGUCACGACGUGAUGGACGUGCGACAGAGCGCCAUGGGCGUUGUGGGCGACCUGGCCAAGCACGCACCCAACAUUCUCCGUCCCAGUCUUGGAGAUCUGCUGCCAGUGUUGAUCGAGAACAUCGACCCGGACCUUCCUACGGUUUGCAACAACGCCAGCUGGUCGGUGGGCGAGAUCGCCAUUCGAAUUGGAGCUGAGAUGGAGCCGUACGUCGAGAACUGCUUGGGCCGCUUGAUCAGUAUGAUCAAUCGCCCCAAGCUGCCGCGUAACCUGGUGGAGAACUGCGCGAUCACGAUUGGCCGACUCGGAUACGUAUGCCCGAACGUGGUGGCCCCGCACUUGCAGGAGUUCGCCAAGCGCUGGUGCCGUGCUCUCGCCCACGUACGCGCGCCGGAGGAGAAGGAGCACUGCUUCUUGGGCCUGUGCUACAUGGUUAAGGCCAACCCGAACGGCAUCGUCGCUGACUUCAUGUUCAUGUGUGGUGCCAUCGCUUCGCUUGAAGGUCAGCAGAUCCAGAACGCCGAGUUGAAGGACAUGCUGUACCAGAUUGUGCACGGCUUCAAGACGAGUCUGGGCGAGAACUGGGCCGCUUACUUUGCGAGCUUCCCGGAGCCUUUGCGGCAGUUCCUGACCACUCGCUUCAACCUGUAGAAAGCGACUGGGCAGACCAAAGUGAAGUAGAGUGAAGAUGACCACAAGAACGUAGGCUACGAAGAAGCAGCUAGCGUGCAUGGUAGAAAUCAGGAGUCGGUCACGGUAGGAGUAGCAGUAGGCAGAUAGCAGUAGUUAGUAGUUAGUCGAGAGUAGGACGGUAGAGAAUAGUAGAUAAUCGAUCGAUCCCCUUAGCAGAAGGUUGUAGGUACCAAUUGUCAUUCUUUUUCACAAAAAAAAAAAAAAAAGUGUUGUCCGAUACAA